AUGGGAAGUAAUACCUCUAAAACCCAGAGUCAACAUGAUGACAAUGACACUCCAUACUACAACGAGAAGAAUGGAUUGUUGUCUGAAGAAGAAGAUGCUACCACUAGUAGGCUUCGGGGUUUGAAUUUAUCAGAGUACUCAACUGAAAAAGGAAAAGAAGGGGGGGCCAUAUCUGUGACCACAUUGGAUUCUUGGGAAGCUGAAUUACUUGCUGAUCCCAAGAAUAAGUUAGCUCAAAAUGCCUUUGGUAAUGGGUCGGUGUUACUGGCUAUCACCGACUCGUCCAAUGAAGUCAAGUUGAGACAACAAUACUUUUUUAAUGUUGAAGUUCAAACCAUUGGAUCACCUUCGUUUUUGAAUAACCAGAAGAGUUCAGGUAGAUGCUGGAUCUUUGCCACUUCUAAUGUGAUGAGAGCCCAUGUGAUCAAGAAGUAUAAUUUAAAGGAUGAUGAGUUCCAGUUGAGUCAAGCAUAUCUUUUCUUUUAUGACAAGUUGGAGAAAUCCAACUUCUUUUUGGAUAAUAUCAUUGACACUGUUGACGAAGACUUGGACUCUCGUUUGGUAAGGUACUUAUUCCAAGGGCCUCAGAAUGAUGGAGGUCAAUGGGAUAUGAUUGUUAAUUUGGUUAAUAAGUAUGGGGUUGUACCUAACGAGUUCUUCCCUGAUAAUGCCCAAGCCACUGCCACGUCGACUUUAAACUAUGUGGUAACGGAAAAGUUACGUGAAUUUGGUUUGAUCUUACGUGACUUGGCUAAGAAGGGGCAUUCCAAGUCGAAGUUGAUUGAAGUUAAAGCUUCAAUGGUUAAAGAAAUUUAUAAAGUCAUUGCUUUACUGUUGGGAACUCCUCCUAAGCCUACGGAUAAGCUUGUAUGGGAAUUCAAAGAUAAAGAUGGCACUUAUAAAUAUUUUGAAACCACACCAUUGGAUUUCUAUAAGACCCAUGUUGAAUAUGAUGCCUCCGUCCGAUUCUCCUUGAUUCAUGAUCCUAGAAACGAUUUUGGGAAAUUGUACACUGUUGAUAGACUCAACAAUAUUUCUGAAGGUAAGCCCAUUGAAUAUGUCAAUGUUGACAUUAAAACGAUAAAGAACAUUGCCAUUAAGAUGUUGAAGGAUAACGAGCCUAUUUUCUUUGGAUCAGAUGUUGGCAAGUUCAAUCAACGUGAAACUGGUGUUUUAGAUGUUAAAGCCUUUGACUACAACUUGGGCUUUGGUACAAACUUGAACAUCGACAAGCUGGAACGGUUGAAGACUGGUUCAUCGCAAAUGACCCAUGCCAUGGUUAUCACUGGUGUUCACAUUGAUCCUCUCACCAAUGAACCCGUUAGAUGGAAGAUUGAGAACAGUUGGGGUGAUCAAGUGGGUAAAAAGGGUUACUAUAUGAUGACAGAUGAAUGGAUGAAUGAAUACGUGUUCCAGAUUGUCACUGCUAAGAAGUAUGUUCCCAAAGACAUUUAUAAUGUUUGGAAGGCUAAACAAUUCAAUGUUUUGCCUUAUGAUGAUCCUAUGGGUGCAUUAGCGUAA